UGGCAUCACUAGUGAUAACAGCCGAGUGCCAGUUGUUAAAAUUUAUUUAUUUUAAUACACCUUUUUGCAUUUACUUAGAGUAAGAAUGUAUGCCAGACUACUCCGCAACGUUGGAGCCAAUGUCAGGUGCUUUGCCACCGAAGCCACCCCCAAGGUGCGGCCCAUCAACAAGAUCCUGAUCUCCAACCGGGGCGAGAUCGCCUGCCGUGUGAUCCGCACCGCCCGCAAGCUGGGCGUUCGCACUGUGGCCGUGUUUUCCGAUCCCGACGAGAAGAGCCUGCACACACAGCUGGCGGAUGAGGCGUAUCGCGUGGGCGAGGCCGCCUCCUCCGCCUCGUAUCUGCGUGGUGAGCACAUCUUGAACAUUGCCAAGAAAUCAGGCGCACAGGCCAUCCACCCGGGCUAUGGCUUCCUCUCCGAGUCCGUGGAGUUCGCGGAGCUGUGCCAGCGGGAGGGCGUCAUCUUUAUGGGGCCACCUAGCUCCGCCAUCCGAGACAUGGGCAUCAAGAGCACGAGCAAGGCGAUAAUGGCUGCUGCCGGAGUGCCCAUCAUCAACGGCUACCAUGGCGAGGAUCAGUCCGAUGAGUGCCUGCAGAGGGAGGCGCAGAUCAUUGGCUUUCCGUUGAUGAUCAAGGCCGUGCGUGGUGGCGGCGGCAAGGGCAUGCGAAUUGCCGAGAAGCCGGAGGACUUUCUCACCGCCCUGAACUCUGCCCGUACCGAGUCCCAGAAGUCCUUUGGCGACAGCUCCGUGCUGCUGGAGCGCUAUGUGCGCUCUCCCCGUCACGUGGAGGUCCAGGUCUUUGCCGAUCAGUAUGGCGAUGCUGUUUACCUGUGGGAACGCGACUGCUCCGUGCAGCGUCGUCACCAGAAGAUUAUUGAAGAGGCGCCAGCGCCUGGUCUGUCGGAGGAGCUGCGUCGCGAACUGGGCGAGGCCGCUGUCCGAGCUGCCAAGGCCGUGGGCUACGUUGGAGCCGGCACAGUGGAGUUUAUUCUGGACAAGGAAGAUCUCUCGUUCCACUUCAUGGAGAUGAACACCCGGCUGCAGGUCGAGCAUCCCAUCUCCGAGAUGAUCACAGCCACCGACCUGGUCGAGUGGCAGAUUCGCAUUGCCGCCGGCGAGCCCCUGCCGCUGAAGCAGUCUGAGAUCACCCGCCGUGGCCAUGCCUUCGAGGCUCGCAUCUAUGCCGAGAAUCCGAGGGGAGGUUUCCUGCCCGGAGCAGGACCACUGCGUUACCUGUCCACGCCCCAGCCCAGCGCUGAGGUGCGCGUGGAGACCGGUGUCCGCGAGGGCGACGAGGUUUCUGUGCACUAUGAUCCCAUGAUAGCCAAGCUGGUGGUGUGGGGCGAGAACCGCUCCCAAGCGCUCAACUCGCUGAUUGCUCGACUGGGCGAGUACCAUAUCUCUGGCUUGGAGACGAACAUCAAUUUCCUCAUCGACCUGGCCUCGCAUCCCGAGUUCCAGCUGGCCAACGUACACACGGGCUUUAUCGAUCAGCACUUUGACACCCUCUUUCCGCCGAUUGUGAUCAGCCCCCAGCAGGUGGGCCAAGCUGCCCUGGCCCUGGUCUUUAAUGAAUUGCAGUCGGCCUUCAGCAACAGCAGCGGAGGAAGCCGGGAUGCCUUUGCAGCCACACCUAAUCUUCGCCUGAAUUACGACUUGAUCCGGACCUAUAACCUAAAGGCCAAUGACAAAGUUUACUCCGUGGCUGUGAAGUUCAAUGGGGAAGAUGUUCAAGUUCAGGUGGACAAUGGCGUUUGGCAAAAGAUCAAAGCAGAAAGAGUCUUAGAUGGCGAACGCCUCAAGAUCCGUGCCAAUAUUGAUAGCAAUAUCACCACCUACAAUGCCAAUAUUGAUGGAGCCAGUGUGGUCCUGUUCUUGGAGAGCGGAAAACUGGACUUUGAGCUGGUGCAGCCCAAGUUCUUGAGUGCUCAGGUGGAUCAACUGGGAGGAGGUGGCUCCAGGGUGGUGGCACCCAUACCUGGAGUUUUGGAGAAGGUCCUGGUGAAGCCAGGUGAUCAGGUCAAGAAGGGCGACAGCUUGGCUGUGCUUAUUGCCAUGAAAAUGGAGCACAUCCUGAAGGCACCCAAGGAUGCCGUCAUCAAGUCGAUUGGCGGAGCCGAGGGCGACAAUGUGGCCAAGGGAGCGGCAGUGAUUACAUUCGUUGACGAGGAGGUGGCCAAGUAAACUGGGCCAACCCAAGUACCAGGGAUUUUGUUGCAUUUAUCUACAAGUAUAUAAAUAUUCGGAAUAUUUCAACGUCCAGGGAUAACCAAGUGCAUUUAUUAGAGUUAAGCGUCCAUUUAAUGGAAGAAUUAUGUUGUUUUUUGUCCCUUUAUGGCAUUAAAAAUGUUAAAACCCUUUCAUUUCACAAAGCA